AUGAAGAAGAAUUUUCAAAAAUAAACUACAGUCCUUAACAUCUAAUCACACAGAUCUGAAAGAUCGAAUAGUUCAAAUAUCUUUUAAGAGCCUCAUUGCAACAGUAUUAAGAUUUGUAAAUUAUUGAAAACUUAUUAGCUUAAUUAGCAAAAAAAAAUAUUAGAUGUGACAAAUACUCUACUUAAGAAACCUUAAUUAGUGAAGCAAUUUCCUCUCAACUAAAUCAAACCUAAAUCAAGCUAAAAAAAAUUGAUUAACUAAAAAAUUAGUUACAAAAAUUAAAAUAAAAUUUAGAAAACUAAUCAAAAUAAAAAUUAAAUCUAUGCAAUAUCAUAGAUGAUACAAUUUAAAAUUUAAUUUAACUUAAAGAUUUAUUUUAAAUCAAAAAAUUAGAAGAACCAUGGUAAGAAAUUAUUCAAAUGGAGCAAGAUAUCUAUUUAAAUGAAGAAAAUAUUAUUAAAUCUAUAUAAAUUUCUCAUUUUAAUUAAAUUAUAAUCCAACAUUAAUUAGGCAUACUUUAAUUAGACUCCUAAUUACAAAAAAUACAGCAAUAGAAUUUUUGGGUGACUUAAAUUUAAACUUUACAUGAAACAUUUAUUUAAAAGAAUCAUGUGAUUUUGCAAUUGCUUAAACCAAAAACUUUAAAUAACCUACAAUAGUCUAUCAAAAAUAAUGGAGGGAAUUUUGGCCAUUCUUUUGGGUAGAAAUAUUGA